GUAUAAUAUGGCAUGUACAUUAAUAUAGGUGACACAUGUCUUUUCAUAAUGAAGUGGCAAAAUAAUAUUUUCAUUAGUCAUUGAUAAGUGCAUCUUUCAUCAUCAUGACCCAGCAUUUUUUUUUUACAUACAUUUGCUUUGCAAACACCAAUAGAAAACUUCUCAAAACUGAUUAUCUACAAUUACAUGCAGUUUCUUUAUUAUUGUUUUGUGUUGCAGAUGCAAAAAAGUUGAAUCAUUUUAUUUAAUUUUAGCGGUAGGGUAAAAGUUAACAUAUAGAAAUGUAAGUGUUGUCGAGGGGGCGUGUGUCAUUUUGUCCCUGACGGUGUCCCACGCCCAAAAACUCAAAUAUAAGACGGGUACAGAAAUCCUGUAAUAGCACUGAUUUACGAGAUCACUGAAGGGCUGUUGAGUUACUGUUGAGUUGUGGUGGACUGAUUUACUUUGUGAAAAUGUCUGGAAAGAUUGUGUUGUAUUACUUUAAUGGAAGAGGAAAAAUGGAGUCAGUCCGAUGGCUCUUGGCUACAGCUGGAGUUGAGUUUGAGGAGGUGUUAAUAACCAAAAAGGAAGAUUAUGAUAAGCUGGUCAAUGAUGGAGCCCUGAUGUUUCAGCAGGUGCCUUUGGUUGAAAUAGAUGGAAUGCAGCUUGUGCAGACAAAAGCGAUCUUAAACUACAUUGCUGGAAAAUACAACCUCUAUGGAAAGGACCUUAAAGAGCGGGCAAUGAUUGACAUGUACGUUGAAGGAAUCACUGAGGUAGGAGAUAUGAUUUCAUCGCUGCCUUUCUUACCACCUGACAACAAGAAGAACCAGCUGGACAAAAUAGAGAGCAAAGCAAAAGAGCGUUUGCUUACAUUGUUUGAAAAGGUUCUUGCAAACAGUCAGUUCCUUGUUGGAAACCAGUUAAGCCGUGCAGAUGUUCUUCUCCUUGAGGUCACUCUAAUGCUGCAGGAAUCUUUCCCUACAAUACUUUCAUCCUAUCCCAAAAUCCAGGAAUUCCAGGGCAGAAUAAAGGCCUUACCCACAAUCAACAAGUUCCUCCAGCCUGGCAGUGCAAGAAAGCCCCCACCUGAUGAGGUCUAUGUGAAAACUGUCAUGGAGGUGUUGGCGCACCUUUUUAAGUAGGAGGUCCAUAAAAACAUUACAAUUCAUGGACUAAUAUGAAAUUAAAAAAUAAAUUCUAUUAAUCAUUAUUGAACCUUUUAUACAUUCAUCUCAGUGUUGCCUUAAAUCUGUAGAUAUGUGCAGUUACAACUUGUAUUUUGCAUACAGCGUAAAUUGUGCAAUAGCUUUAACAGGUUGUAAUCUUUCAGUGUUUUAUUUGAUAAAAAUGCUAGGAAGAUUAAGUUACUUGUGUCCAUAAAUGCACUAAAACAUUUUGUCAUACAUCAACUAAUCCACCAGGACAAAUACAUCUGGAAUAUACAUGUAUCGUUUACAAUAAUAAUACUGUAAAAUGCAACUACUGUGUAAACUGUUUAGACUGUUCAUAUUUUCAGAAUAGUCCAAAUGUGGUCCAUCCGCUUGUAAAUCAGGAAGCUGAAAUUAAUUAAAAUCCUUGUACACAAAA